UGUCACCCGUUUGGCCGAUAUGCUCUUUUACGUUGAUGGGCAGUAUUCCAAGAUGGAGGUAGAGAUAGGUACAACUCGUAAAAUUGCUGACUUGUUCAAGAGACGCUUCAGCGGAUUUAAUGUUCCCGAGAAGUCGAAGCACCGCAAGAGGACUCUCGGCAAUCUCUCAGAAUCCAAGUUAGAAAGCCAUGCAGUUUCAUUGAGGGAGGCAAUUCAAUCACAGAUCUAUCUCGACGAAGUGCCCUGGGCUGAAGUUAAACUCGCUGUAUUGGAAGUUGUCGAGAUGGUGGAACAAUUCUGUGUAACACUGAGGACCAGCAGAAAAAGGAACAAAGUCAGCAGGGAAACCCCAAGGUCUGAAGUUGAGACAAGAACCAAAACUACAAUCCUUCCAGCCAACAAGGGGAAGCUGCACAAUGCCCUGAUCGAGUUGGAGAGGCAAGUGAAACAGGCCGAACCGUAUACCCCAGUAUCCAUCAGGGAGUACUUACCAAUGUGCGACAGACGACGGGUGUUUGAGAUGAUAGAGUUGCUGAGGGAAUGUGGCUUGAGGUUGGCAGAAAAGUGCUUUCACUAUGUGCACCAUGAAGGAGGGACCAAGUCCAGCCUCCACUUUGUCUGGAAAGGUCUUGAUGGAGAUGGUGUUGGCAGAACAGUGGAUCUCUGUACUAAGGUCAUCGCAAAGAUAGAAAGUGAAGUACCCAUUUAUGAAAGAAGAAUCACCAAGCAAAACUUCAUCAAAGCCUUUGGGUUUGUCGCAGAUUCAGUUGCACUCCGUGCCAUCUUCAGCCAACUGACUAGAGACAAUUCAGCCCCAGUGAAUCUAAAUUCACAGGAAAUUGAUGAAAGGUUUAAAUUCGCUAUGCUCAGUGAAGAUGCUGGGAUAAUGGUAGAUCUUCGUCACCAGGGCCCAGAGAACAGACCAGACACAUUCCGAGAAUUCUUCGAAGCUACGGAGAAAUAUCUGGCAGAAGACAUCGGUGUUGCUUGCCAGGAGCGGCGGCAUGGAGAACAGUUGUAUCUUGCAAAAGCUGUAUCCCUAAAAGAUCUCCAUCAGCGUGUGAAGGAAAGGGUUCCUGCUGAUACAAACAUACCCUCAGUAAAGUGGUUGAGAUACCAGUUCCAGCCCAUCAAUCUUCAAGCCAAUACUGCGAAAUACUACAAGGGGAGAAUGAACAUCAAGAUGAUGGUUCAGAAGAGACAGAUCAGGGUGAACCAUGUCGAUGCACAUUACUGUGCUGCUGCUUGGCGAUACAUGAGGGAGAUGGCCAUCCUUCAUCGUGAAAUAACGACCCUAGUGAGUGCUGAUGACAAGCACAAGAUCAAAGUUGGUGAGCCCUCCUACCCAUUGGCUGCAGCAGAACGAGGAAAGCAAGUGAUAGUUGGCCCAAAUCAGGUUAUGGCUGUUGGCGAUCACGAUUUCAGCAAGUGCACCAUCACACCAUCAGUCAACUUCAUUAUUGACAUCCCAACAAGUAUCAACAGCAGUUUCUACAGAGGCAAAGUGCACAUUGGCUUCAAAGACUCCAUCUUCAAACCAUCAUCGGCACUCCGCCAUGCAGCCGAAUUGGCCGAAAUUCUGAAGACAAGAGGAGAGGGUACAUACCCAACUCCUGUGUUGCUGAUAUAUACUGAUGGUGGGCCGGACCACAGGUGCACCUACAUGUCAGUGAAGUUAGCCAUGAUAGCACUCUUCCUGGAACUGACACUGGAUGUCCUCAUCGCCCUGAGAACAGCACCAAGCAAUUCAUGGGCCAAUCCAGUCGAAAGGAUCAUGAGCAUAGUGAACACUGGUCUACAGGGUGUUGGAAUGAUGCGACGGAAAAUGUCUGAUGAUUUUGAAAGUGCAAUAGCUGGAGCUGGUAGUGUGAAAGAAAUGCGUGAAAAGCUGCCAUCCGAAGAACUCAAGGUGGAGUUAGAAGAAUCCCUCGCAUUUCCGAUUGACAUCUUGAAGAAUCAAAUGGCCCGAUUGGCCCUCAAGGAAAAGCCCUUCCAGUCGUUUGAUCCUGCCAGUGAGGCUACUAUAGAUGCUUUGUGGCAACAGUGCUUGACAGUGGAUGGAAUGUUGCAGCGAAAUGAUACGACUGCCAAGGGAGUGAAGAACUGUGAUAGGCUGAAAGCAUUCAUGGAACACUGUUGUAUUGAGGGUCAUUACACCUUCCAAGUGAAGAAAUGUGGAGCGGAUGACUGUGACAUAUGCAGACCCCUGAGAGAUGAACGUAGUAAGGAGGUAGGGAACUUGCCCUUCCCAGUACUUGCAGGAGAUGGGCAUUAUCGUCCCUUUGUGGAUGUGUACAAGACAGUCACCAAAGAGAACCGACCAAGUAAAGAAACUAGAACCAAGACAGCCCGCAAGGCCAUUCCAUUUUCACCAUCUGUCCAGCAUGUGAGGAAUGCAGAUGUCAUGGUGCAGUGCUCUGAAUGUGACAAGUGGAGACUUGUAUUUGCGAAAAAGAAGCUUCAGCCUGCAAAGAAACGUCAGCUGGAAGAAAUCCUUGAGGAUGUUGAGUUCACCUGUGGUGUUCUAUUCAGGGAGUUCAAAAUUUGCAAACCAUUUUAA